AUGUUCCCUGGGUACCAGUCCCGACAAUGCCAGCAGAUGCGCCCCCAGCAAGAGGGAGGCAGGUGGCUUCCGCCCCAGUCUCAGCCAGCACCUGCUCAGCAGGCCGUUCCUUCAUACUCCCCGCAGCUAUACUCACCAAGUGCGUUUACCAUGGGGCAGGCAGGCCUGUAUCAGACUGCAUUAUCAGCUCCGUCUUCUGGUGCUCUCGGCUGGUCCGGGAGCACCUUACCACAUCCUCAUCCUCCCGCCCAAUAUCAGGGCUACUCGAAUCUUCCCCCGCCUCCUCCUCACGACAAAUACCAAGGCAGUAGUUUACCAGCUUAUUCCCUCGGGAGGAUGGUCAGUCAGCAGGGCGCUCCGACAAAGCGCUCUGCAGACGGCCUGACCGAGGCGGAGAUGGCCACAGCAAAGCGACUAGCUUUGGAGAAAGACUGCCUGGCCCAGAUCGAAAUCGCCAGACGACAAGAGCAAGCGCGGUUCGAAGAGAAACGCCGCAAGGCCGCCCGUCUCGCUGCCGCCGCCGAAAAGCAGCAUCGCGAGAUCUUCCAGCGCAUGGAAGCCAUGGAAAGACAGCGUCGAGAAGCCGCAGAGGAGGAAGCCGCCGCCGCCCUCGAGCGUCAACGCCGCGCACAGCGCAAGGCUGAGCUCAAGACCGAUUCCGACCGGAACUUUCACUCGUACCUCGAGUGCUUGGAGUACUGGCCGCUUGCCAAGGGCGAAUACCAGAGCCCGUACAUGAAGUCGCUGCUUGCGAACCAGCGGGUGCCCACGUUUGCGGAGACAGACUCGGCAAUCGCCAUCAAGUACGCCAAGAAGCACUGGUACUUGUACCGACUGUACCCCCAGGACAUUGCUCUGACGAUCGAGGAGGCCAAGGCUGAGGAGAUGAAAGAGAAGGCUGAUGAAGAGAAGAAGAAAGCGCUUCAGUCUGCAGUCGUUGGCACAGCCUGA